AUGGAAACGGGCGUUUGUGUUAGACGGUUUCGCUCACAUUCGGAUUUUGUUAAUGGUUGCCAUCCAGCUAGAAGAGGGCCUGAUAUUGUUCAUGAUUUACGAAAAAGAAAACCGGCAAUUAUUUUUGAAAAUAUAAAUAAAUAUCAAGUUACAACCGUCACUUUUAAUGAUACAGCUGAAUUGGUUUUGAGUGGUGGAAUCGAUAAUGCUUUGAGGGUUUGGGAUAUACGUAAAAAUUCCCUUCUUCAUUCAAUGCAUGGUCAUUCAGACACAGUUACAGGACUUUGUUUAAGUCCAGAUGGAAGUUUUGUUUUAUCCAAUGCUAUGGAUUGUACAGCACGCAUUUGGGAUAUUCGUCCUUAUUCAACUUCACAAAGAUGUGUAAAAACAUUGAGUGGACAUCAACAUAAUUUUGAGAAGAAUUUACUACGAUGUGCUUGGUCUCCCGAUUCUCAUAGAGUUUCUUGUGGUUCAAGUGAUCGUUUUGUUUAUGUUUGGGAUGUUGGUUCUAGAAACAUAGCUUAUAAACUUCCUGGACAUCAAGGAUCUGUUAAUGCUGUUGAUUUUCACCCAACAGAGCCAAUAAUUCUUUCUGCUGGAAGUGAUAAAAGGAUAUUUUUGGGGGAAUUGACACGCUAA